CUUGACAGAGAAUCGCUUUAUCGUGUACCGUGAUACUCGUAGGUAGAUAUCUCACAUGAUCGUUGUAAAAACGGAGAUUUUUCUUAUACCUACGAUUGUAAUCGCUAAUCAAAACAGAUCGGCAGAUACGGCAGCGGCUCCAGUCACAGUUGGCGGUCAAGAGGCACCGGUCUCUCGGCUCGGUGUAAUAUUCUUUCGCUCUUUAGUGCAUCGAAGAGUAAUCGCAAAGUCGCUCUCGAGCGAUAUCACUUGCGAUUGUUGUCGGUGCGAGCUUGUUUGUGGCAUUCCAUUGUUCCGCAUUUAGCCAUGGCGAAAAUUCCGACAGCAUUUUUGAAACAGUUAUGGCUGACCUUUGGCGCAUCGCUGGCUUUCCUAAUCAUCGGUCUGGUCAGAGGAUACUCCGCAUCCGCCAUCCCUUCUAUAGAGAGUUUGGACGCGGAUCUUAUACAGACUAGCGAGCAGAAAUCAUGGAUCGGUGCAAUCCCACCGCUGGGCGCGUUUCUAGGCAGCGUGUGCUCCGGGCCAUUGAUGCAGCGAACAGGCAGGAAGCGCACGCUCCAGAUGACAGCCCCGCUAUGGGCCACCAGUUGGCUUAUACUGGGCUUCGCACCCAACUUCGCUCUCAUCUUGCUGGGGAGGAUAAUGUCUGGCCUUUGUGUAGGGUUCGUCUUGGCGCCAGCGCAAGUAUAUGUGAGCGAGUGCUGUGACCCCGAGAUCCGUGGGCGUCUGGGUUCGCUGCCCACUCUGUCCAUGUCACUGGGCAUCCUCAUCUCUUACGUGGCUGGCAGCUGGCUCUACUGGAGAUAUCUUGCCUUCUUGUCUGCUAUAUUUUGCGCGGCGAUGUUUGUGGUACUUCUUCCACUGCCAGAGUCUCCGGUGUGGCUGAACGCGAGAGGACUGGACAGCACGGCUGCGGUCAACUGGCUGCAUCUCUCGCAGCAUGCUAUAGCUACAGUCAAAGAGAACGAAUAUAAUGAAAAAGUAGAGGAGCCGAAGAGUUUGUUCACCCGCGAAGUUUUCUUCUCUUCGGCGGUCAUUAAGCCGCUAAUCGUUGGUUUUGCGCUGCUCUUCUUUCAGCAGUUCAGUGGUAUCGACGCCGUCAUCUUCUUCACUGUGGAGAUCUUUCAAAACGCUGGAAGUAAACUAAACGCGAUGACAGCCACAAUAAUAGUGGGCGCGGUGCAACUGUUCAGCAACGGCGUGAGCACGCUGCUGGUGGACCGCGCGGGGCGGCGGCCGCUGCUGCUGCUGUCCGCCGUCACCAUGUGCGCCUCCAUGGUGGGCAUGGGCGCCGCCUUCUACUUCGAGUUCGAGCAUACGUCGCUGCUAGGAUAUUUGCCCAUUGCAAGCUUGGUGGUGUUCAUGCUGGGUUUCUCGUUGGGUUUCGGUGGGCUGCCGUUCCUGCUGCUCGGCGAGUUGUUCCCCACGCACUACCGCUCUCAGCUCUCCGCCAUGGGCAGCGCCGUCAACUUGAUUUCCAUGUUCACCGUUAUUAAAUCCUAUCAUGCUUUAGAGCACGUGUUGACUUCAGCGGGAACGUUUUGGAUGUACUCUUGCUUCUGCGCAUUGGCGUUCUUUUUCGUGCUCUUCGUGGUGCCCGAGACGAAAGGAAAGUCACUCGCCGAAAUCGAACAACACUUCAGAGGCAAAAAGGAAAAGGAAAAUGUUGACUUACAAACAAUUAAAACUAAAUUUUGAUAAUAAUAGCCAAAUAUUAAAUAAAUAAUAGCCAAAUAUUAAAUAAAGCUGAAGAGUUUGUUUGUUUGUUUGAACGCGCUAAUCUCAGGAACUACUGGUCCGAUUUGAAAAAUUAUUUCAGUGUUAGAUAGCCCAUUUAUCGAGAAAGGCUAUAGGCUAUAUAUUAUCCCCGUAUUCCUACGGGAACGGGAACCACACGGGUGAAACCACGAGGCGUCAGCUAUAUUAUACGAGUUAUGUAUACUAUUAUGUGCAAAAACUUUUCAUCAUUUAAUUAUUUUAUAAUAAUUGAUUGUUUAUAUUUUGUUUAUUUUUGGUAGUUGAAUGGUUUGUAAUUAAUUUGUAUGAUGAUAAUGACAUUACGCGUAAAAUGUCAAAGUCUUUUAAGUGUUUAAAAGUUUAUUAUUUUGAACGCGAUAGUAACAGUAUGAAAAUAUUGAAAACUCCCACUAGGCAAACUGAUCAUAUUUUCUUAUUCCUAACGAGAAAACUAACUCAAGACAUCUAAGUUACGCGUAUUUACAAAAAGCAUAUCUAAGUGCCUAGUGGGAGUUUUCAAUAUUUUCAUAUUAUUACUAUCGCGUUAACGUAAACGCUAAUUUAUAUGGAAUUAAAACAGUAGUGCCACUAUAUUAGAAAUUCACGUUUACGUUGACGCGAUAGUAACAGUAUCAAACUGCCACUAGGCCCUCUGAUGGACCAAGAGUCUAAAAGUGCAUUCAAAUCGACACAAUCUUAGCUUACAAACAUAGUAUGGAUACGUUUACAAACAUUUGCAAGCUUUAUACCUCUGUGGAUAAAAGCUUCAAUUUAAUUCAUCCGUAGAUGUUUGAGGUGUAUGCCACUUGUUAAGCAAGUUUCGUGCGCUUGCGCAUAUGUGUAUGCACCUUAAUGAUUGGUAAUUAAACGUAACCAGUAGAGUCGGUCGUAGGUUGAACAAAAGUUAGCAAGUACUAGUCUAUAAUAAAAAAAAGUAUUUUGUAAAAUAAGAUAUAUAAAUAAAAUACUUUUAUGUAUCAAUAUUUAUAAUUUAUUUAUUUAAUAAAAUACAAUUAGGUAUCUAUUAUCUAUUCUGUGGUUGAAAUGUGAUUGUAAAAUCUGUGAUAAAGUGUUGUAUCGUUGCUUGUAAAUAUUGUGAGUAAAUUUAGUUAUAAUGCAUUUUUAAGAAUGAUAUAUCUCAUGGGAAUAAUGUUCGAUGUAAAGUAAAAUGUUGCAUUUAUAUAA